AGUGUCAGACGCCGCCACCGUUAAUAUUUGUCGGCGCAGAGCUCUGUUUUUGGCGCUUAAAUUCCCAAACAAACAUUUCAUAUAGUUUGCAUAAAAAUAAACACAACAUAAUUUUUAUCAUUCGCAUGAAAGUUGUUGAUAUUUACAGAACUAAUUUAUUACUAAAAAAAGUAAAGUUUAUAAAAAUAUAAAAUAAAACAUGGCUGGUAAACGCACAUUGAAAAGAUCUAAAACUACAAAUGACGCUGAAACAGAAAAGACCAAACAAGAUAAAGAAAAUGAUGAAAAUCCGCCAAAAAGACGCAGCACCCGCUCAACACGUAACACCCGCUCAAUGGCCGAAGAAGGUGGCCAGGGUGCGACGGCUUCACCCGAAAAGGAGACCAAAAAACUUACAUUUAUUAAAUAUCGCGGUACGAUCAAAUAUCAUACCGAUGGCAAUGAAAUAGCAGAAGCUUCAGACAAUUUAAUACAAUGGGUUGAAAAACAGCCCGGCGAUGGUUUAGUGCCCAUUGCUUUUGACAUGGAAUGGCCAUUUUCAUUUAAAACUGGUCCCGGCAAAUCGGCGGUUAUACAAAUUUGUGCCGAAUUAACUACAUGUUAUAUAUUUCAAUUGACAAAUCUCAAGAAACUGCCAGCUGCCCUGGUGGCUUUGCUCAAGCACAAGCGUGUACGUUUGCAUGGUGUUAAUGUGAAAAAUGAUUUUCGUAAAUUAGGUCGUGAUUUCCCUGAAGUGAACUCCGAUGAUCUCAUUGUUAAUGGUUUAGACUUGGGUGUUUGGUGCAAUGAAGUUUGUGAGACUGGAGGUCGCUGGAGUUUAGAUCGCUUAGCUAAUUAUGCGGUGGAAAAAGCUAUAGAUAAAAACAAAAAGGUGCGCAUGAGUAAAUGGCAUGUUAUACCUUUGGAUGAAGAUCAACUCAUGUAUGCUGCAAUUGAUGUUUAUAUUGGUCAACUUAUUUAUCUGGAGUUGGAGAAGAGAGCCAAAUUAAAAGAAACAAAUGAGGCGGCUUUUAUAGAGAAAAAUGGUGAAGCUGCCUUUAAAGCUGUUAAGGCUUUGGGUGAAAAUUUUAUCACUGAAAAAGCCAAUGAAGUUGCAAUUUAAGAAAACAAAUUUAUUUAUAGUUUUUAUAUUAAGAAAAUUACUCGAUUGUUAAUAAAUUAAUGUUUAAAAAGGUACAAAAUGUUAUCAAAAUAAAAGACUAAGGAUUUUUUUUAUAAAGUUU